GAAACAGACUACUCUCCUCGCCCCCCCAUGCACGGUCUGGUUGCAUACGACGACGACUCUCAGAGUGAUUCGGAAGCGCACGCUGCCUCGACUCCAUCCACCAUUGCCAAAGGGAUUGUCAGCAAUGAUAAGCCGUCGAGAAGCUCCCCUGCUGCCCCGCCAGAUGCUCGACUGUUACCUAAGUCCCAAGUAAUCAUUCGUCGACCUGCGCAUCUGAAAAGUCAUCCACGAGCGCGAAUAUCCGAUGACGUCGUGGGCAGCUCGACGCCUACGGAGUCUCUGCCUCCUCCGCCACCACCUUCCGCAGAAGAUGUACUAGACAUCCAAACAGAGGCGACUUCCUCUUCCGAAGUUGAUGAAGUCUCAUUACUCCGUGAUCUUUUGAGACCGUGCCCAAUACCAGGUCUGGUAGAUUGGGGAAUACCCCCCGAACCUGCUGCACCAUGUGAUCCUGCCAUUGAAGCAAAACUAGCACAAUUCCAUGCGUUGAAACGCGAUCCAGUCAAUCCUAAGCACUUUAAUGACUCUUUAAUGUCCAAUCGCUCGUUUCGCAAUCCUCAUCUUUACGCGAAACUCGUCGAAUUCGUUGAUGUAGACGAGCGAACAACAAACUUUCCGUCACAUAUAUGGGAUCCGUACGAUGUGGAACCCGAAUGGUUUGCGGAUAAGAUUGCCGAGCAACAAAAAGCGCGCUCGGAGCAGGCAGCCGCCGCCCAGUCAAAACGGACGCAGAUCGACUUCACAUCUUCGAAGGCGACUGUGGCGCCUCCUACGCGACCUACGCAUGGCAGAGGUGGGGAUAGAAAAAAUUCCCGAUUCCAUCCAUAUUCGAGAGGACGCUAGGCGCUUUCCCGAUGCUUAUUUUCUCUCUAGUUUGGUUUGUCUGGGGGAAACUAGCCAUUUCCCGUCUGCUAUCUUUGACAUUGGCAAUAUAUUACCACCUAUUCAUGAUCAUCGAUGGAAUCAAGGGAUACGGAAGUUUUCGGACUCUUAUUGCCGCUGUCGGGAACUCGAUGUCCUCGCAUCCCUUGAGGGGUCCUUGAGAUGCAGUUCACUGCUUGAUUGACUUAUACUGGCUAUGUUGUUG